UUGGUAUUAUUUGGGAAGUGGCCAAAGGAGGGUCACAGUCUUCACUGAGACUUACCUGCUCCCUCUGUGCCCUGUCCUCCCUGCUCUCCAGUAUGGUGUGUCUGUGUUUCUUUGGAGGCUCCUGGAUGACAGCUCUGACAUUGAUUUUGAUGGUGCUGAGUCCCCUCUUGGCUUGGGCCAGGGACACCCCACCACAUUUCCUGGAGCAGCUUAAGGCCGAGUGCUACUUCACCAACGGGACCGAGCGGGUGCGGUUCCUGGCCAGAUUCAUCUAUAACCGGGAGGAGAACGCGCGCUUCGACAGCGACGUGGGGGAGUUCCGGCCGGUGACGGAGCUGGGGCGGCGGGACGCUGAGUACUGGAACAGUCAGAAGGACUUCAUGGAGCGGACGAGGUCCGCGGUGGACACCGUGUGCAGACACAACUACGGGGUGUUUGAGAGGUUCCUGGUGCCUCGGCGAGUGGAGCCUAUAGUGACUGUGUAUCCUACGAAGACCCAGCCCCUGCAGCACCACAACCUCCUGGUCUGCUCUGUGAAUGGUUUUUAUCCAGGCCACAUUGAAGUCAGGUGGUUCCGGAAUGGCCAGGAAGAAGAGUCUGGGGUCGUGUCCACAGGCCUGAUCCGUAAUGGAGACUGGACCUUCCAGACCCUGGUGAUGCUGGAGACAGUUCCUCAGAGUGGAGAGGUCUACACCUGCCAAGUGGAGCACCCCAGUUUGACAAGCCCUGUCACUGUGGAAUGGAGGGCACAGUCUGGGUCUGCACAGAGCAAGAUUCUGAGUGGAACUGGAGGCUUUGUUCUGGGUUUGCUCUUCCUUGUGGUGGGGCUGUUCAUCUACUUCAGGAAUCAGAAAGGACACUCUGGACUUCAGCCAACAGGUCUCCUGAGCUGACGUGGAGAUGGUGACACUCCAGGAAGAACCUUCCUUCCCAGCUUCUUCUCAGAGUGAAAGGCUUCCAGCUCACACUCCUCCACAAUUACAGUGCUUUCUCAGAUCUGGUUGGCCCGGCUUCAGUGACCUUGCAGCACCUGUCCUUCCUGUGUCUCCAUCUGCUCCGUCUUUGACCUGGAAGCCCCAGUGUGACUGCACAGUACCUCCUCUGCCUUCUCUCCUGGUGCCCUUCUGUGUGGCCCUUCCUGCCUCCCUUGCAUGGGAACUCACCUUCUUCUCACAUGUCUUCAUAAGCUUUUCUUAAAUAAACAUGGAGUAAAAACCA